AUGUCUUCUUUAGGGUCGGGUCGCCAGCAGGAUUUAUUUCUGCGUCAAGGAAGAUUACAGCUAAUAGGAUUUGCUUCUUGGAGGCUGUUGGCAUGUUUGGUGCAAACCCUGCACAGUGCUUUCUUAAAGGAGAAUAUGGACCCUAUUUGUCAUAUUUUUCUUCUUCUUCUGGCCUUCCACAAGAUAAACCCAUCUGUUUCAUCUUGUGUCACAGGAUGCUCUUGUUCUCAAGACAGCUUUGGAAGGAGUUUGCUCUGCAUGUCUGCACUGCUGAGACAGAUCCCAGCAAACAUCCCUCAGGACAUCCGGAAAAUUAGAAUAGAAAAUUCUCACCUAACAGAAUUGCCUCGUGGGUCUUUUGAGAAUGUUAGUGCCUUGGAGUAUCUCUGGCUCAAUUUUAACAACAUCACGGUGAUGCACAUCAAGAGCCUGGAAUAUCUGCCAGCUCUGAAGGAGCUGCGCUUGCAAGGGAACAAAUUAAGUUCAGUGCCAUGGACAGCAUUUCAAGACACCCCGGCUCUGAAAAUCCUGGAUGUGAAGCACAACCGGCUGGAUGUCCUUCCAGAACACGCGCUCCGCUAUCUGCCCAAUCUGACCUAUUUAGAUCUAUCCUCAAAUCAGCUUACUGUCAUAUCCAGGGAUGUCUUCUACAACUGGCCCGUCUACCAGAGAAGCCAGAGGGCGGAGGGGCAGAUAGAAGCUAUUUCCAAUGCUGUCCUGGCCCUUCAUGACAACCCCUGGAUUUGCGACUGUCGCCUGCGGGGAUUUGUCCAGUUUAUCAAGUCGGUUGGCCCACCUAUUAUUCUGAUGAAUUCCUAUUUAACUUGCUCAAGCCCAAAAUUCAGGGCAGGGAAGUUUUUUCAUGAAGUGGAGCUCAACAGCUGCAUGAAGCCCCUGACCUCAGCCCUUGACACCAACCUGACAGUCCCGGUGGGGCUGAACGUCACUCUGACCUGCUUUGUGCAAGCCAGCCCUUCCCCGGCUGUCUGGUGGACCUAUGCACUCAAACUUUUAAGGGCAUUUAAUGUGUCCACCGAGCCCGUCGGCGAGGAGACCAUCCGCUCAGAGCUGCUGAUCCCGGCCGCACGGCCAGCGGACGCCGGCAACUACACCUGCACGGCGGCCAACUUCUUGGGCAACGCCUCGGUGGCCAUCACCCUCCGUGUGGGGUCCCCGUGGGCGUCCACCACGCCCCCGGGCUGGGCCCCCGUCGCCCCUGCCGAGCCAGGCGCCCACGUAGAAGUGCGCAUCGCCAAGCAGACCGUCUACGGCAUCACCCUGGAGUGGUUUGCGGUGGCGGCGGCGGCGGCGGACCCGGGGGAGACCUGGUACACCCUCCUGGUGGGCCGCUACGAUGCCGCCCAGAAGGACGCGAUCUACAUCGGUCCCGGUGUCAACACCUACUCGGUGACCGACCUGCUGCCCGCCACCAAGUACGAGGUCUGCGUGGCCGUGCGCAACCAGGCGCCCCGCAAGGGCCAGUGCGUCGUCUUCGUCACGGGCAGUGACGUCAGCCAGCUGGAGCAGCGUGAGAAGCUCAUCCACAUCGUGGUCAUCGUCUGCGCCAUGGUGCUGGCCGUGCCCGCCGGCAUGUACGCCUGCACCGCCGAGGCCCGCCCCGGCUGCCUGGCCCGCUGCCCCGGCAAACACUCAACUGCUGUUUCCUCUUCCACCUUCUCCACCGCUUGUCUCCUUUUCCCCAGGACGGCACUGUGGCUGCGGGCUGAUGCGGCGGGUGACAGGGACGCUCAGCCUGAGCCGGGCUGGCAGGACAAGUGGCCGGCGGCGGAGAGGGUGGUGGAGCCGGGGUUUGGGAGCCGAAGUUACAAAUUGCAAAGAAACCUGAAUGCCAAGGAGCUCCGGGGUUCGGCUGCAGGGACAGGGGAGGCUGGGCGGUUGCAGCAUGUGUGA